AUGUACUUUCCUAUCAACGACAACAGAGACAUCCACCUUAACAUCCACAGAGAUGGCGACAACACAGGCAUCCACCUCACCAUCCACAUCGUCAACAACAACAACAGAGACAGCCACCUUAACAUCCACAGAGAUGGCGACAUCACAGGCAUCCACCUCACCAUCCACAUCGUCAACAACAACAACAGAGACAUCCACCGUAACAUCCACAGACAUGGCGACAACACAGGCAUCCACCUCACCAUCCACAGCGUCAACGACAACAGAGGCAUCCACCUUAACAUACACAGAGAUGGCGACAACACAAGAAUCCACCUCACCAUCCACAGGGUCAACGACAACAGAGACAUCCACCUUAACAUCCACAGAGAUGGCGACAACACAGGCAUCCACCUUACAAUCCACAGCGUCAACGACAACAGAGACAUCCACCUUAACAUCCACGGAGAUGGCGACAACACAGGCAUCCACCUCGCCAUCCACAGCGUCAACGACAACAGAGACAUCCACCUUAACAUCCACAGAGAUGGCGACAACACAGGCAUCCACCUCGCCACCCACAGCGUCAACGACAACAGAGACAUCCACCUUAACAUCCACAGAGAUGGCGACAACACAGGCAUCCACCUCGCCAUCUACAGCUUCAACAACACAGACAUCCACCUUAACAUCCACAGAGAUGGCGACAACACAGGCAUCCACCUCGCCACCCACAGCGUCAACGACAACAGAGACAUCCACCUUAACAUCCACAGAGAUGGCGACAACACAGGCAUCCACCUCGCCACCCACAGCGUCAACGACAACAGAGACAUCCACCUUAACAUCCACAGAGAUGGCGACAACACAGGAAUCCACCUCACCAUCCACAAUGGCGACAACACAGGCAUCCACCUCGCCAUCCACAGCUUCAACAACAGAGACAUCCACCUUAACAUCCACAGAGAUGGCGACAACACAGGCAUCCAUCUCACCAUCCACAGCGUCAACGACAACAGAGACACCCACCUUAACAUCCACAGAGAUGGCGACAACACAGGCAUCCACCUCACCAUCCACAGCGUCAACGACAACAGAGACAUCCACCUUAACAUCCACAGAGAUGGCGACAACACAGGCAUCCACCUCGCCAUCCACAGCGUCAACGACAACAGAGACAUCCACCUUAACAUCCACAGAGAUGGCGACAACACAGGCAUCCACCUCGCCAUCCACAGCUUCAACAACAGAGACAUCCAUCUUAACAUACACAGAGAUGGCGACAACACAGGCAUCCACCUCGCCAUACAGCAUCCACAGAGAUCCACAGAGAUGGCGACAACACAGGCAUCCACCUCACCAUCCACAGUAGAUGGCGACAACACAGGCAUCCACCUCGCCAUCCACAGCGUCAACGACAACAGAGACAUCCACCUUAACAUUCACAGAGAUGGCGACAACACAGGCAUCCACCUCACCAUCCACAGCGUCAACGACAACAGAGACAUCCACCUUAACAUCCACAGAGAUGGCGACAACACAGGCAUCCACCUCACCAUCCACAGCGUCAACGACAACAGAGACAUCCACCUUAACAUCCACAGAGAUGGCGACAACACAGGCAUCCACCUCGCCAUCCACAGCGUCAACGACAACAGAGACAUCCACCUUAACAUCCACAGAGAUGGCGACAACACAGGCAUCCACCUCGCCAUCCACAGCUUCAACAACAGAGACAUCCACCUUAACAUCCACAGAGAUGGCGACAACACAGGCAUCCAUCUCACCAUCCACAGCGUCAACGACAACAGAGACACCCACCUUAACAUCCACAGAGAUGGCGACAACACAGGCAUCCACCUCACCAUCCACAGCGUCAACGACAACAGAGACAUCCACCUUAACAUCCACAGAGAUGGCGACAAGACAGGAACCCACCUCACCAUCCACAGCAUCAACGACAACAGAGACAUCUACCUUAACAUCCACGGAGAUGGCGACAACACAGGCACCCACCUCACCAUCCACAGCGUCAACGACAACAGAGACAACAGAGACAUGGCGACAACACCACCAUCCACAGCGUCAACGACAACAGAGACAUCCAACUUAACAUCCACAGAUAUGGCGACAACACAGGCAUCCACCUCACCAUCCACAGCGUCAACGACAACAGAGGCACCCAACUUAACCUCCACAGCGACGACAACACAAACAUCGACCUUACCAUCCACUGCGACGACAACGCAAACAUCCACUUCACCAUCCACUACUACUGAGUCGUGCCUGGUAUCUACCAGUGUACCAGGUGACGGGGUCGAUAAUGAUUGUGAUGGACGGACGGACGAAGAGACAUGCUGCCGCAACAGAGAACCUGCUGAUGACGAUGAUGAUGGACGAGUUAAUGAAGACUGCAUCUCUAUUAAUGGGACUUCUGAGACGCCGUGUUGUAAUUCCAGUAGAAAGGACUUACACAUUUGUAAAGUUGUCGGAAUAUUCAUACUGUUUGAAAAAGUUAAAAGAGGCAUCCGGCAAACGUCUUCGUCAGUAAUUAAGCUCUGGGAGGAAACUCGCAUAGAUUGUUCACAAGUUUGUGUCAAGGAACUCGCGUGCUGGGGAAUGAACUUUGACUCCACUCAGUCUCAUGCCGGACAUGACGUCAAUAACUGUGAGAUUCUUGUCGGACCGAAUGGAACAAAACAAAGAGAAAGCACGUGGGAAUAUCAUGAAGUCUUGAAACGAACAUUCAGAUAUUCUUAG